UCCCCCAAAUCUGCCUUCAUCAGCGCUGCGAAGAAGGCCAGGCUGAGAUCGAAUCCCGCGAAGGUCCGAUUUUCUGAGCAGGUGGCAGUUGGAGAAACAGACGCAAAAAUGAUGAAGAAAGAAGCUAUUCUCCUCAUCCCCAACGUCCUGAAAGUUUUCUUAGAAAAUGGGCAGAUUAAAUCAUUCACUUUUGAUGGCCGGACCACUGUUAAGGAUGUGAUGGUGACAUUACAGGACCGUCUUUCCCUGAGGUACAUUGAGCACUUCGCUCUAGUCCUUGAGUAUGCUGGGCCGGAACAGAACCACAAGUUCCUGCUUCUCCAGGACAAGCAGCCUCUGGCUUAUGUGGUACAGCGGACACACUACCAAGGAAUGAAAUGCCUCUUCCGAAUCAGCUUCUUUCCCAAAGACCCCGUGGAACUGCUGCGUCGGGAUCCCGCUGCUUUCGAGUACCUGUACAUCCAGAGUCGGAACGAUGUUAUCCGCGAACGCUUUGGAAUGGACCCCAAGCCGGAGAUGCUUUUGGGCCUUGCUGCCCUCCACAUCUAUAUCACGGUCUCGGCCACUCGACCUAGUCAGAAGAUCUCGCUCAAGAAUGUGGAGAAGGAAUGGGGCCUGGAACCCUUUCUUCCUCCCUCCCUCCUACAGGGCAUCAAAGAGAAGAACCUUCGGAAAUCUCUCUCACAGCAACUGAAGGCCCACCAAACACAUCCUUCCACUGGCACCAAGGGCUCUGCAAUUCAGGCAAAGCUCCAGUAUCUUCGAAUUCUGAAUGAACUUCCAACAUUCACGGGCGUUUUGUUCAACACUGUGGGCCUGCCUCUGGUGCUGUUGAUGGAGUGGCCCGAAGCCACCAACUUUGCCUGCCUGAUCGCAGGGUACUGCCGUCUCCUGCUGGACUCCAGGAAGAUGGUCUUUUCCAGGCCUGCCAGCCAGCCUCUUCCACCUCCAAUGAUCAAGGCAGAUUACAUGCACAGCGCCCACCGCCCUGUCCCUGGGGGCCACCUGGGGAAAAAGGAGAGUAGUUAUGUGGGCAGCAUGGGCACCAGCCCCAGGAAGUCGAGCCGCUGCACGCCCCCGCCUGCCGACUCUGAGCUUGUCAGCUUUUGCUACCUCCACAUGCGGGAACAAAGGAAGGAACAGGAAAGCCGGACGGACGUCAACGAGAACUUAAUCUUCUUUGAGGAGACCAGGCCCCGGACCAAGUCUGACCCCACGUCCAAAAGCUCUGGCCAAGGCUACGACGUGAUCCCCGAUGACUUUGACGCAGCCAGCCUCGACCAUGAGCCUUGCGCCAGCAGGGCCCGGUCCUACACCUUGGACAAUUCCCUUGGGGCCGAAGCCCUGAAUUUCUACUGUGACUCUUGCAAAGCCAAACUCCAGGAGCAGCUGGGCCCUCGAAAAGGUGGGAGGCCCGGCUCCUCUCGUGACAAUAUGGUAGACUUGAUGUCCCUGCCACCGCCUGGGAGCGAAGAGGAAGAGGAGGAGGAAGAUGAGAGCACUUCCCUGUUGCCUGCCAUUGCCGCCCCCCCUCCUGGUUUCCGAGACAAUAGUUCCGAUGAGGAUGACCCCAAGCGCCGGGCGGCCCAGAGCCAGGAACAAGGACGCCACCUGCGUGGGCUCCUGUAUGAUGAGAUUCCAGUGACACUGAUCGACAGCGUGCAGCCCCGGACAGUCCGAGAUCAUGCCCAGGAGCUAGAUGAUGCCCUGGUGUCCACUCUGCAGGCUCUGGAAGCCCUGGCAGCCUCAGAGGAUGGACCGCACCCCCCACCCCCACAGACUGCAGGUCUGAUUGUGCUGGCCACAAUCACCCCUGAAUCAUCGCUGGACUCAGGCCACGAAACCAACUCUUCGGAGCUCACAGACAUGUCAGAGAUGAUGUCUGCCAUGAAGCAGCACCAGAACACCACCUACUUCCUGGCCCAGCACCUCAACAAGGAGAGCCUCCUGGCUCGCAAGGACCUGCCCUUCCGGAUCCAGAGCUGCGCGGCCCAGGCUGUCCUCACGGCCCCUUACUCUCUUGGGCGCCCAGAUCCCAACCCGGCCCUGCAGCCAGCUGUCACAGGCCAGAGUCCUGGCCCCCCUGGCGCUCGGAGGAAGCUGCCCCCGUCAGAAUCCCAGCCACCACAGCGAGAGAGAGCACACGCCCUGGCCGUGCACCCAGCACUGUCCCCACAGCUUAGUGAGCAGAAGAAUCUGAGCCUGCUGUCCCCAGUUCCUGAGGACAAAGGGCCUGGCCACACGAGGGCAGGCCUGGAGAUGUCCCUGAGGGCAGCCACACCAUCCCUCAGUGAAGAGCAGGUCUCUGAGCUAAGGGAGAACCUGCCCAAAGAAGUCAGGUUGAGCCCCAAGCUUAUCCUGGACCCGAAGGGCAGCGUGACCCCAGCGAUCAUCUCGGCUGCCCUCCAGCAGGUGGUUCACCCUAAGAGCCUACCUGCCCCUGGCGGGGCCAUAGUGAGCCCUCCCAGCAGUGGGGAGAGAAGGCUGGAGGCCAGCAUGGGGAGGCCUGAGGUCAGCAUGGGAAGAUCAGAAGUUAGCAUGAUGAGCGGCGGUGCCAGUAAGAAUCUGAAGUUCAAAAUGAGCCCCGGUGCUCCAGAGACCUCACGGAAUUCCCAGCAGCCGCUGAGCCCAGAGGUCUCCUCUGGCUCCAGAGUGCCCACAGGCAGCCGGGCCGACAGCCUGCACCUCUCCCCACAAGAGGACCGGCUGCCUGGGCCAAGUUUCCCUCCUAAAAGCUACCUUGCACGAGCGAGUCGGGAGUCCCUGAGCAAGCCGUCUCUGGGGGAGGUGGCAGGCAAGGCCGGGCCAGAGGGGGCUAAGCCCUCCCUGCACAAGCAGGGCGCCGUCUCCGGCCAGGGGGAGAAGGGGCAGCUGGAGAGCAUGCCCCAGAGCAGCAAGAUCGAGGAGACCAGCCUGGUGCCCCGAGCCGGCUACUCCAUGGCUCUACAGAGCCCCAGCUGCCAACCUCGAGGCCAGAGCCCGCUGAGGCCCCAGGCUGCCAGCCGGCAGGUGAGCACCAUGCCCUCCAGGAAGCUUGAGACAACCCUGGACGGAGCGCACUCGGCCUCCGAAGGCCCCGCGAAGCCCAAAUCCUCCCGAGGACCCUUCCGGCUACGCAAUUUAUUCUCUGCCACCUUCCCGACCCGCCAGAAGAAGGAGACCGAUGAGCGGCAGGCCCAGCUGCAGAAGGUAAAGCAGUAUGAGCUCGAGUUCCUCGAGGAACUUCUGAAGCCCCCGAGCCAGGGGGAGCUGCCGGGCACCGAGUACCUGCAGCCCCCCGCGCCGGGCCGCUGCAGCUGCCAGCUUCGUAGCAGUCCGGUGCAGCAGGGGCCGGGCAUGUCCCGGGAGCAGAGGCGCAGCUGUGACUGCAAGCGCAUCUGCCGGGGGGGCCGGCCUCAGGCCCCCCAGACGCCCGUGCCCGGCCUCCGGGGCCAGGAGAGGGACAGGGUCCCCCCGAGCCAGAGGCAGCCGGAGGCCGGCGCGGGCCUGAGCCUCAGCAGCCCCACCAACGAAGGGCGCCUCCGCUCCACUAGCCUGGAAUCCCGGGAGUGCCGAUCGGACCCCGAGAGCGGCGUUUCCUGCCUGACCACGUGUGCCUCAGGGGGGGAGUGUCUGGGAGCUCCCAACUACCGGAAGCUGAUGCGCCGCUACAGUAUCAGUGAACUGGACCAGGGUGACAGGGCCUCGCUGACCUCAGACAUCUACCCACACCCACCCCUGGGCAUGCUGCCCAGGGAGGCCAAGGAGGUAGAGGCAGGCCUCCCCCUAGGCUUGGGUCCCAAAACCAAGUCCCUGGAGUCGCCGACCCUGGGAGAGCCCUCAUACGUCCAGGUUGCCCCUGAGACCAAAGGCCCCAGACAGAUGGCAGUGUUCUCGCUGCCAGAAGAGGUGUACCGGAAGCCCGCUGAUCUGGACGAGGACAGCGAGAGCGGCAGAUGCUGCUCCAUCCGCUACUGCUUCUACUACCGCAAGUGCGACAUGGCGGAUGACGCCAGCGACAGCAAGGACGAGCUCUCCUACUCCAUCCCCAUGAAGAUUCUGCCCGGCAUGAAGCUGGACGAGCAGGUGGUGCCCGUGGUGAGCAGGACCCUGCAGGUGCUGGAUGCUGCCACCUGCAGCAGCAGCAGCCCCGAGGCCUCCCGCACCCAGGAGAUCGACCUGCGGGCGUCCACCUUCGAGGGGAGCCUGGCCAAGAUCAAUGCCCUGCGGGCCCAUGCCUAUGGCCUGCCCGACGGCUUCCUGGCUGCCAGGCUGGACACCAAUGAGCUGCUGACGGUCCUGCGCCAGUGCGUGGCCAGCCCCGAGGCCCGCGCCCCGAAGCCCUACGUCUCUCAGAUCUCCGAGUACAAGCUCGAGCUGGCUCUCAAGUUCAAGGAGCUCCGGGCUUCCUGCCGCCGCGUGGCCAACGUGGACAAGAGCCCGACUCACAUGCUGGCGGCCAUCACGGGCAGCUUCCAGGUGCUGAGCAGCCUCAUCGAGACCUUUGUGCGGCUGGUGUUCAUCGUGCGCUCCGAGGCCCAGCGCCAAGAGCUGCUGGCCAAGGUCGAAGAGGUGGUGAGGAACUACACCUUCCUACUGCGCGCCGCUGAGGAGUCCACCACCCGGAACCUUAACCAGCAGCAGCAGCAGCCGGCCGCCGCGGCGGCUGUCGGGGCGGCCUCGGGGCACCCCCCGGGCUCCCCGACUCCAGCGACUGUUAUGAGCACAUUCACCCGCUCCUUAAAAACCCUCAUCAAGUAGGGCACCCGCCCAGGCCUGCCUCCCCCCGCCCCCCGCCCCCAACCACGGCCCCAGGUUUGAGCUUUGUGGUCUUUGCAUCUUGUGGUGAGUGUGCGUGUCUGCCCGGCCAGUCGGGGUCCGAGGGCCUUCAGGCGCCAGGGAGUGGGAACUCCCCGGAUUGAGGCCGUCCCCGACGGCUCCGGGCGCCUGCCACCCUGGGUAUCCUCGCCCCUUCCCCGGCCUCUGGUCGUCACUGUGAGGGCCAAGGCCCCUCGUCACUGCGCCUGCCUGCCUGCCCGCCGCAGAGCUGGAUUUUAUCUCUUCUUUAGGGCUGACAGGUGACAUCAGGCUCACCUUCCUGCUCCAUUUUUGGGGGCCAGGGGAGCCGGGGCCUGAAGCAGGCAGGCCCACAGGCCUUGAGCUCCCCCCUGGCAUCUGCCCCCCCAUGCCACAGAGUUGUAAGCCGUAGCAUCAGGGCACAGCGCCCGGUGGGCGGGGGGGGGGAGGGCACUCAGCCCAGCCGUGCCCGCCCACCCUGGGCUCACACUCACGCGGCAGAAGCCACCUAGAGGGCCUGUGCCCGGGUGGCAGGUCUGCGGAGAACAGCCACCACGCAGGGCUGUCUGCGGCCACGGCCCCACAGGCUGGCGGCCUCGGGAGCCCUCGCCCCCAGGCCCAGUAGCUCCACACCAGCCAUCCCCAAAGUGCCCUGUCCCUCACUGAUGGGCAGGGCGGCUCAGUCCACUAGGGAGCAAGCAUCUGGGAUCACCCCACUCCUUCUGGGUAAGGUACCUGGUGAUAAACGUCUGCCCUGGGGAGACCGGGCGCAGGCCUUGGAGCCCGCCCGGCCCAGCCCGGCCCAGCCCGGCCCAGCCCUGGGGCUGGCGCUCUGGGCGUUCGGUUCCUCUCUCAACAUCUACCAGACAGACUGUCCUUAGGAGUUUGACUUAG